UUUAACCAGCGUCGGCCACAUUCCAGUCUUAGCCAUCCUUCUUGGCCCUAUUGCUUGCUUUCCCAAACUCGCAUCAUCAAAAUCCAAAUCUUUCUACCGAUCAAAAUCAUCACUCGAUUCCACUCCUCGCGAGACAAUCUUCACGAAAACAUCUCAAAAUCCGAUCUUUCGGCAACGCCUGCUUUCAAAAUCCGAUCUUGCCUCUUCCUCCUCCUCCUCCUCCUCCUCCUAUCCUCCGCCGUAACCCUCUCCUCCGCCGGCGGGCGACCCUCCGCCUACGAUAUGCUGGAGAAGUUCGAUUUCCCCAAGGGAAUACUGCCGGAGGGCGUGCGGAGCUACGAGCUGAAGGACGACGGUAGCUUCACGGUGUUCCUGGCCAGCAAUUGCGAAUACAAGGUGGACGGCGGGUACCUUCUCAAGUACGACAGCAAGAUCACCGGGAAGGUGGACGCCAGGGCGCUGACCGACGUGAAGGGGGUCAGCGUCAAGGUCCUCUUCGCCUGGUUCAGCAUCGGCAGCGUCGCCCGGAGCGACGCCGACCUCAACUUCUAUGUCGGCCCUCUCUCCGCCACCUUCCCCGUCGCCAACUUCGAGGAGUGCCCGCGGUGCCGGUGCGGCUUCGACUGCGCCACCGCCGCCAGCAUCGCCACCCAGUCGGCCGAAUCGUGAACCUGGCUUCAAAAGAUGCUGGGAUAACAUAAAUGAAUAAUUUUUUGUGCCAUCUUAUGAAUUAGAAUCAAAAGUCCCGUAAAAUUACUGUUAUGAUACUCAAAAAUAACGGGAUCAGGUAUAUAUUUCUUUUUCGUUAAA